CGGCCGCCUACAUGUUUAUCAUGAUUUUAUCUAAUUUUCUGAAACAAGUAGGCCUUCGUAUCUAUUAAACAAGAAGAAUCACCUUAUUCAUCGCUGUAUGGAGAGUAAUUGGUGCGAUAACAUGUACUGAUAAGCUACUAUAUCCGGUGUUGUGUGUUGUUCAUACCGGUCGGUGGUGCUCAUCUGUUUUAUCUAUUAAAUUGUAAUCACACUCUUGUGGCUCGCGUGCUAGUAGGAUAAAAUUCGUUUAGCAUCAUGUGGAAGGUAUUGUUAAUUAGUAGUUUAGUUAUUAAAGCUGUGAACCUGACUGAUGUAUCAUACUAUGAAGUUCUGGGAGUCAGCAAGGAGGCCACGGUGCAGGAGAUCAGACAGACUUAUAAGAAACUAGCUGUGAAGUUGCACCCUGACAAAAAUCCAGAUAAACCAGAUCACGAGAAGUUCAUGAAAAUAACUGAGGCUUAUGAAAUACUGAAAGACCCUGAAAAGAGGAGGAGGUAUGACCUAUAUGGCUCAACAGACUUCUCAGGGUAUGGUCAUGGUCACCACAGCUCGAGGUCACAGACAGAGUACAAUAAAAUGUUUUACAAUGGCUUGUACCAUGAGGAUGAAUAUGUGGAUACACUGUCUGGGAAGACCUUUCAAACAUACAUAACAGAAGGAUUACACUUUGUGAACUUCUAUUCUCCGUUCUGCCCGCCAUGCCAGAGCCUCAGCGAGCACUGGAAGAAACUCGCCAGAGUGUACAAUGGUAUUUUGAAAGUUGGUGCUGUGAACUGUAAAUAUCACAACUCGUUCUGCUACAACUCAAUGAGAAUAAACAGCUACCCGUCCCUGCUGUUCUACCCAUACGGCAAAGACAGUAACUAUGUCUACUACAGAGGCGACAAAACAUUUAAAUCCCUAGAACAGUUCAUACUGCAAUACUUGCGUGCGCUGGCGCCGGUGGGCGUGACCAGGCGGCGUGUGAGCGGGACGGCGCUAUACGUGCGAGCGGGAGCACUGAGCGAGGAGAGCUUGCUGAGGAUCUCGUAUAGACUGAAAGACCUAAUGCCAGUGUUCCGCGUAGAAGACUCCUCGCUCCUUGCUUCACUCUCGCUAGAUGGCGCCACGGCGGCGGUGCAGCGCGGCGGCCGCGACGUGCGCGUGCGCAGUGACGAGGAAGAUGAGGUGGUGAGAGAAGCGGUGGAAGCGCUGCCUAGCGUGGAGGAGGUGGAUGCGGAUCGGUUUAAGAGUAUCCGAACUCAGCUCCGCACUGGCUCUCACAAGCCGUGGCUGUUCUACUUCACGACGAGUGAGCACAGCAAGCUGCCUCUGCACAAGGUGAAGGCGUCGUACCCGCAGUUCCAGUACGGCACAAUAGACUGCGCCCAACACGCCCAACUCUGCACCUCCCUGCAAGCGGAACCGCCUUGCUGGGCGGCUCUGAAGCCGGGCGGCGGCUACCAGGCGUGGCCGGCGGGCGGGGACGUGGCCAGGCUGGUGGAAGCUGUCGCUGUGGAGAACCUGCAGUCCGUGUCGGCUACGGAGGCGUUGAGGAUUGUUGAUGACUCGGCGCCGUGGCUGCUGGGAGUCAUACCUCACGGCGCGCAGUGGGAGCCCCUCAUGGACGCCUUCAUCCACGCCGGGCGACACUACCGGGGCCACAGCAGCGGGAUACAGUUUAUUGCUAUGGUCUGGUGGCUGCUGGGAGUCAUCCCGCACGGGGUGCAGUGGGAGCCCCUCAUGGACGCCUUCAUCCACGCGGGACGACACUACCGGGGCCACAGCAGCGGGAUACAGCUCGGCAUCCUCCGCUGCUCGGCCUCCACGGACACGUACUGCCGGCGACUAUCUUCACACGCAGGCGCCCUGCUCGUGCUGCACGCGCGCACGCAUGCGUAUGUGGGUCGCGUGGACGGCGAGAGUGUCGUGGAGUUCGUGGAUUUGUUGCUUGAUGACCCUGCUCACGCCGGCGCCCUGCUCGUGCUGCACGCGCACGCGGGCCGCGUGGACGGGGGGAGUGUGGUGGAGUUUGUGGACCUGCUGCUUGAUGACCCUGCCGGGCGCCUCGUGCUGCACGCGCACGCGGGCCGCGUGGACGGCGGGAGUAUUGUGGAGUUUGUGGACCUGCUGCUUGAUGACCCUGCUACCAAUACUGAAGCUCGGUCUCGAAGCAGUAAGACAGGUACUGCCGGCGUCUGUCCGCACACGCCGGCGCCCUGCUCGUGCUGCACGCGCACGCACACGCACGCGGACCGCGUGGACGGGGGGAGUAUCGUGGAGUUUGUGGACUUGUUGCUUGAUGACCCUGGUGAGAACGCUAAGACUCGUACUGCCGGCGUCUGUCUUCACACGCCGGCGCCCUGCUCGUGCUGCACGCGCACGCACGCGCACGCGGGCCGCGUGGACGGGGGGAGUAUAGUGGAGUUUGUGGACCUGCUGCUUGAUGACCCUGUGGUGUCACUGACAGACAGCAGCCUCCUGGAGGUGCUAGACAGCGGUAGAGCACACAGCUGGUGUGCGGCCUUCCUGCCGGCGCGCUGCGGGCUCGUGUGCGACCAGCUCGCGCACCACUGGCGGCUGCUGGCUAGGAAGGUACUGUCUCUCUCACUCCUAGUUGUAGCCUGCACGCGUAGCACACCGUGCAGAUGCUGUCUCUCUCACACAGUGGUGUCACUGACAGACAGCAGCCUCCUGGAGGUGCUAGACAGCGGUAGAGCACACAGCUGGUGUGCGGCCUUCCUGCCGGCGCGCUGCGGGCUCGUGUGCGACCAGCUCGCGCACCACUGGCGGCUGCUGGCUAGGAAGGUACUGUCUCUCUCACUCCUAGUUGUAGCCAGAUGCUGUCUCUCUCACACAGUGGUGUCACUGACAGACAGCAGCCUCCUGGAGGUGCUAGACAGCGGUAGAGCACACAGCUGGUGUGCGGCCUUCCUGCCGGCGCGCUGCGGGCUCGUGUGCGACCAGCUCGCGCACCACUGGCGGCUGCUGGCUAGGAAGGUACUGUCUCUCUCACUCCUAGUUGUAGCCAGAUGCUGUCUCUCUCACACAGUGGUGUCACUGACAGACAGCAGCCUCCUGGAGGUGCUAGACAGCGGUAGAGCACACAGCUGGUGUGCGGCCUUCCUGCCGGCGCGCUGCGGGCUCGUGUGCGACCAGCUCGCGCACCACUGGCGGCUGCUGGCUAGGAAGCUGCGUCCGAUGCCGGGCGUGCGGUUCGGCGUGCUGGACUGCGCUCGCGAGCAAGUCGCGUUCUGCGCGAACAUUCGCACGCCGCUCGCCCGGGUCUACCCGCAGGGGUCUAAACAGAAUUAUGUGUCCAACCUGCAGCAGCUGUCAGAAUGGGUGUACAUGGCGGAGUGGGCGCUGGAGUACCUGCGGCCGCCGCCCGCCAGGCUGGUCUGGCACUCCUUCGCGCAACUAGUGCUCAGUGACAGAGUCACACAUGGCAGCGGAGGAGGAAAGCCGUGGCUCGUGUACUUCCACUCGCCGCGCUGCCGGCACUGCUACGAGAUGUACGCCGACUUCGCCGUCGCCGCGACUCUGCUCGAAAACGCCGUCCAAGCGGGCAAAGUGAACUGCCUCACGGAGCGGUCGCUCUGCCAACAGGAACAAAUCAUGGCGUACCCCUCCAUCAAGCUAUAUCUCAGUGGCGGCGAGGACCACGCAUUUAGCAGCGUUAUAUCCGUCCCAGUCACAGAGUACCAGGGAAUCAUAGACGUGAUUCGACCUCAUUUGAUUAAGUACAAUGCGAAUUUGUUGGACGGUGUAGAUAAAUGGGGGCUGGACCCCCAAGCGUUUCAUAUGAAAAGGGAUGAAUUGUAGGUUUAGAAUAACAAAUUGUUUGGAAGAAUUUGGUAGGGUAAAGCAAAGGUAUCUUUUCCCCAUUCCUGUAAAUCAUAUGUUCUUACGGUUUAAGAAAGCCUGUACAACUAGAGUCUAUCUAUACUGAGUGCAUUGUAUUAUGUACAGCGCAGCGAUACGGUUUGCAACCUAGUUCGUGAGAUACGUCGAGAUAUAGUUCUUUCGGUUGCCAUUGAAUACAUCUUCCUUAUGAUAUGAGACACACGUGCCUACCCCGUCAAGGAUGAUAGUAGUGUGCAUAUUAUACUUAUAUACUGUGAGAAUUUGUAUAUAGUAAUUUCAAACCUUAGUUUUUUUAACUUAAAUAAGUAGAUCUGCCGUAUAUAAACAAUCUAUAAAUGUACUCCCAUAACCCAUUAAAACUAUGAAUUGGUGCUUAUAUUCUAUAGAGAAUUUGGCGUUUUUGGCAACUUAACCAUAUCAUUAACCAUUUAGAAUUUAAAUUAAUACAAUUGAU